AUGCCCAAGCCCUGCAAAGCCUCGAUCAUCAGGCCCCGUUCCGGUAUCACUCUGCGCGCCUCUGGUUCCUGCGGACUGAACGCCUUCGUUUGCGCCAAUGAGGUAUUCGCCAGCGACAACUCCGCACCCUUGUCUCGUAUCCCCCACACUCCUCCUACGUCAGCUCGCCAGCUUAUCUACAUUUUGUUGUCUGUUCGCAUUGCCUGUGGAAGCGUCCUCUCAGUCUAUACUGUCAUUGAUGAGGUGAAAAUCCUCACGAUGGGUGGCCUUGACGAUGCUAACUGCACCCACAUACAUCAUACUGACGCCUAUCAACGCUUAUUUCAUGACCAGAGUCCGGAGAUCCUCAUACCCACGGCCACGUCCCAGUCCACUUCACUGGAUAAUGGCAUGUUCCUAACUGGUCUUCAUUGUGGAUUGCGAUACAAGCUCAAUUCAACUCCAAUGGCGACCUCCAACCUUGACCUUUCGUCCCCAGACCACCGGGAGUUUCCUCUCGCCCUUUUUUCAGUCUUACGCGUCCAGCUCGUCCUCAUCCUCCUCGUCCCCACAACUUUAUACCUCUUUCACUCCAUCCGCAAAGACUACCAUGCCUUCCUCGCCCUGGGUCCCGGCGGCACCCCGUCCACACCAGCAGGAUACCUGCGCAUCUGCAUUCUCCGCCUCUUCGCCCUCCGCAACCCCUUCGACCCGCCCUCCAUUCCACAAACGCUCCACCCCAAAACCGGCUGCUUGACCCUUUCAAGCAUCCCAACCCGGCGAGGGCCCCGUCCAACCGUAGCAGGAAUCGCCCCGCAGCGCCAGCUAACCCAAAAGCCUGGGCCCGCAAUGUACGAUGCCCUAGCUUCGGAAAUCCACCGUCUAGCCCUCGAACACCCUAGCAGCCUCUACACCGCAACCUCCUGCUUCGAGAAGCACAGCACAGGCAUCUUCUACCGUCUCCCCACAAUAACAACCACAAACUCCACCAGCAGCAAGAGCCCUAAAACAUCUUCCAACACCCAUAACCACCGCAUCACCUGCAACGGCGAGGUCUGCCACUCUCACCCCAGUGACGGGAGCCUACACCUUACCUUACACCCGGCGGACGUGAAGGUCGUUCUUGAGCGCGGCUGGGCCCAGCGGCACCCAAUAGCCAGGGAUAGCUGGUGGUGGGUGACGCGGAUUGUCCCAACGGGGUUCGUGAUGAUCUAUGCGCCGAGGAAUGAGGAGGAGUUGAAGGUUGUUGUGGAGAUUAUAAGGGCUGCUGCGUGGUGGGUUGGGGGGAAGGAGGACUUGAACUGA